GGUGAAACGGUUUGUAUUUCCGGGUUCACUCAGCUUCAGGCUGUCAGUUGGUGUGUGUCUCUGUGUGAGUGUGUGUCUGUGCCUUAUUCGCCAUGUCUGGAACUCCUGUGAUUAUGCGUCUGAUGGCGUCGGCGCACUCUGUGGCUGAGAAGGCCGGGUCCAUCGUGAGGAAGGUCCUUCACAGUGGAGACCUUGGCAUUGUGGAGAAGACGGGAGCUAACGAUCUGCAGACGCUGGCAGACAGACUGGCACAGCAGAGCAUCUGUGCUUCACUGUCCAGACGCUUCCCAAAACUCACCAUCAUUGGAGAAGAGGAUCUUCCAUCUGAGGAGGUGAAGGAGGACGCAAUUGAGAAGGGUCAGGCAGAGGAGAUCCUCCAGAAGAGCUGCCCAGCAGAAUACAGUGGGCUGAAGGAGGAGGAGCUUGUUGUGUGGGUCGAUCCACUCGAUGGCACAAAGGAAUAUACUGAAGCGUCGAGGUGUCUCCGUCAGCACGCUGAGGUCCAGACACCACACGGCGGGUCGUUGACCUCUCACAGCACAGCUCUCUGUAAUGGGCUCCUGGAUAACGUGACGGUGCUGAUUGGGAUCGCAUACAGAGGCCGAGCUAUAGCAGGUGUCAUCAACCAGCCUUUCUACAACUAUCAGCUUGGAGCAGGAGCCGUUUUGGGAAGAACCAUGUGGGGAAUGCUGGGAGUGGGAGCCUUUGGAUUUCAGCUGCAGGAAGUUCCAGCUGACAGGAGAAUAGUCACCACAACCCGGUCCCACAGCAACAAGGUGGUAACGGACUGUGUAGACGCCAUGGAGCCGCAUGAAGUUGUAAGAGUGGGUGGUGCUGGAAAUAAGAUAAUUCAGCUUGUUGAGGGAAAAGCAUCAGCUUAUGUCUUCGCGAGUCCAGGAUGUAAGAAGUGGGACACCUGUGCUCCGGAGGCCAUCCUGCACGCAGUCGGAGGUAAACUGACCGACAUGCACGGCAACGCGUACUGCUACGAUGCAGAUGUGAAGCACAUGAACUCCGCCGGUGUCCUCGCGACACUGCGUAACCACGAGUACUACGCAAGCAGAGUACCACAGUCGGUGAGGGAAGCCCUGAAACUCGACUGAGGAAACAUGAAACACUUUGGCUAACUCAAAAAGUAAUUCAGCAACACACCAAUCGUACUUCAAUCGGAAACAAGGCGACUCAACAGCACUUCCAUUUAUUUCACUCAUUUGAAACAAAGUCGUACAAAUCUCAAAACACUAUAACUGUUUUCAACUCGAGGACCGAUCGCUGUACAAGGCAAAAGGCAAGAUUAUACUAUAUUAAAUAAAAAUACACAAGUCAAAUGUUUAUCAGUGAGUUGGAAAUGAUUCACUGUACUUCAUUCAAUAACCACUAGGUGGAAACAGUGUAACAUCACUAGCAUAAUGCCGACAACAAAAAACAUUGUGUUGACCCCUUUACAACGUUGUGUAAUGUCAUGCAAUGAAGUGUUCAAUGUAA